AUGAAAGCCACAAUGUCAUCAUUUCUGAGCCUUCUCUCCGUCGUCUUACUCUUUGUCCCGCCCAUAUUAACGGCACUAGAGACAGAGACAAGUUUAACGAAAGAUUAUUAUCAAAAAACAUGUCCUGAUUUCGGUAAAAUCGUUCGUGAAACCGUUACAACGAAGCAAUCUCAGCAGCCAACAACAGCUGCUGGAACGCUUCGUCUUUUUUUCCACGAUUGUUUCCUAGAAGGAUGUGACGCAUCCGUUCUAAUUGCUACAAAUACUUUCAACAAAGCCGAACGCGACGAUGACCUAAACGAGUCGCUUCCGGGAGAUGCGUUUGACAUCGUGACUCGCAUCAAAACCGCUCUUGAAUUGUCUUGUCCCGGGGUUGUGUCUUGCGCAGACAUCUUGGCUCAGUCCACGCGUGACCUUGUCACAAUGAUUGGUGGGCCUUUCUAUGAAGUCAAGUUGGGCCGUAAAGAUGGAUUUGAGUCGAAAGCUCAUAAAGUGAAAGGAAACAUACCAUUAGCAAAUCAUACAGUCCAAGACAUGAUGUCUAUAUUUCAAAAGAAUGGUUUCACUCUAAGGGAGAUGGUUGCACUAAGCGGCGGGCACACAGUCGGAUUUUCUCACUGCAAAGAAUUCAGUAGCCGGAUCUUUGGACCACAGACGGAUCCAGAGCUCGACGCUAAAUUCGCAGGGGUGCUCAAAAAUCUAUGCAAGGAUUACCAGGUCAAUAAAACGAUGGCGGCUUUUCUCGACCCGGUGACGCCGGGAAAAUUUGAUAAUAUGUAUUUUAAGAACUUGAGAAGAGGGCUUGGAUUGUUAGCGUCCGACCACAUCUUGUUUAAGGACAAAAGCACGAGACCGUUUGUCGAAUUAUAUGCAAAUAAUCAGACGGUUUUCUUCGAAGAUUUUGCACGUGCCAUGGAAAAACUAGGCACGGUGGGCGUUAAAGGCGAUAAAGAUGGAGAGGUGAGACGCAGGUGCGAUCACUUCAACAAGCUUAACGUAUAA